CCCACCACAUCUUUGUACUCUGUCCCAAUCACUGCAAAUCCUUGCGACUCUUUUAACCACCUACAUCUGUUAUAGACCGAGAGCAGGGGCUCCGUCUGAGCCCUAAAUGACCGAGUCAGAAUUCUGACUCUAAAUUCAUAACAUGUCCUUUUUACUUUCAUGUUUUGCUUAUUGAGGAAAAAAGAGAUCAAAGUCGUUUUCUCAGGGUGACAUUGUCCCCGACUUAUACGAGCGAGCAAUCAGAGGAGGGCACUGGUGACGUGCAGGGAUGUGAGAGAGUUUCGGAGGGCAGCUGUCUUAGUUGCAGAGGCCAAAGGGCAUCAACUUCUGUUUCUCUUUUGGCUUUUCUCAUCCUACUUUCUCAUUCAGCAAAUUCGGUUAUUGCCUUCUUCUUCUUCUUUUUUUCUGUUUCCUAUUUUCAUGUCAUUUUCCCCAUUAUUAUUAUUAGAAAACCUCAUCUAGAACGACCACUUUUUUUAUGCCAACUGAUGGAAAUUUGAUGGCUUUUUCUGGGUCUAAUGAUACCUGAUACUCUCACAACCCAAAGCUUUUUUGCCUCUCUUCCUUUUCAUAGAUAACCAAAAAUCCCCUCAUUUUGUUUUCUUCUAAGAUUGGGAUAUCUGGUUUUUCCUCUUUUUGUCUCUAUCAUAUCUUCUUUAAACGUUUUUUGCUCGAGAUGGUGUUGAUCCGUUCAGGGUUCUAGAUUAGUUUGCAGUACUGAGAAGAUCUCAAGUUGGUGUCACUGGGAAAGAAAGAUGAGUGGAGCUGUGCUUGUGGCUAUUGCUGCUGCUAUUGGGAACUUACUGCAAGGGUGGGAUAAUGCAACCAUCGCAGGAUCUGUUUUGUACAUAAAGAAGGAAUUUAAAUUGGAAAGUGAGCCUACUAUUGAAGGCCUAAUUGUGGCCAUGUCACUUAUUGGGGCCACUUUAAUCACUACGUGCUCUGGGGCCAUCGCAGAUUAUCUAGGCCGCCGUCGUAUGCUGAUAAUCUCAUCAGUCCUUUAUUUUGUUAGUGGUCUUGUGAUGUUGUGGUCUCCUAAUGUUUAUGUCCUACUCGUGGCAAGGCUUUUAGAUGGAUUUGGGGUUGGUUUGGCUGUUACUUUGGUACCAGUGUAUAUAUCUGAGACAGCUCCCCCUGAAAUAAGAGGAUUGUUGAAUACUCUUCCCCAGUUCACAGGAUCUGGUGGAAUGUUCCUGUCAUAUUGUAUGGUUUUCGGGAUGUCGUUGAUGGAGUCACCCAGCUGGAGAUUAAUGCUCGGGGUUCUUUCUAUACCAUCUCUUAUUUAUUUUGCAUCGACUAUAUUCUACUUACCCGAAUCUCCACGAUGGCUUGUGAGUAAGGGACAAAUGCUUGAGGCCAGGCGCGUUUUGCAGAGGCUGCGUGGAAGAGAAGAUGUCACUGCUGAGAUGGCUUUACUGGUUGAGGGACUUGGAGUCGGGGGUGAAGCAUCGCUGGAGGAGUACAUUAUUGGCCCAACCGACCUCACUGAUGACCAGGAUAUAUCUGCCCAGAAAGGCCAAAUCAAGUUAUAUGGCCCUGAACAAGGUCUUUCCUGGGUUGCCAGACCUGUCACUGGGCAGAGUAAUCUUGGUAUCGUGUCACGACAAGGAAGCUUGGCAAACAAGAGCAUGGCUUUUAUGGAUCCUCUUGUUACUCUCUUUGGCAGCGUACACGAAAAGCUCCCUGACACUGGAAGUGUGCAAGGGAGCACACUUUUCCCACAUUUUGGCAGCAUGUUCAGUGUGGGAGGGAAUCAACCUAGGAAUGUUGAGUGGGAUGAGGAAAGUCUCGCUAGAGAGGAUGAAGAAUACCACUCUGAUGCUGAUGCUGAUGCUGGUGGAGGCGAUUCUGAUGACGACUUGCGUAGUCCAUUGAUUUCACAUCAGACAACAAGCAUGGAUAAGGAUAUGGUUGCGCCUGCUCAUGGAAGUAUUGCAAGCAUGAGACAUGGCAGUGUGAUGCAAGAAAAUGGAGAACCAGUUGGCAGCAUGGGAAUUGGUAGUGGCUGGCAGUUGGUGUGGAAAUGGUCCGAGAGAGAAGGUCUAGACGGUAAGAAGGAAGGAGGAUUCAAAAGAAUUUAUUUACACGAAGAGGGUACUCCGGGUUCUCGGCGUGGGUCUUUAGUCUCUAUCUCUGGUGCCGAUGUCCCUAUAACUGGUGAAGUUAUACAGGCUGCUGCUGUGGUGAGUCAACCAGCUCUUUAUUCCAAGGAGCUUUUGAAUCAGCAUCUAGUUGGACCAGCUAUGAUUCACCCAGCUGAAACUGCAGCUAAAGGACCUGGUUGGAAAGACCUCUUUGAACCAGGAGUAAAGCGUGCAUUGGCUGUUGGGAUUGGGAUUCAAAUACUCCAACAGUUCUCUGGCAUAAACGGUGUUCUGUACUACACUCCACAAAUUCUUGAGCAAGCAGGUGUAGGAAUCCUUCUUUCUAACAUGGGCAUUGGCUCUGCCUCGGCAUCCCUGCUUACCAGUGGCGUUACAACUUUGUUAAUGCUCCCCUGCAUAGCUAUAGCCAUGAGGCUUAUGGAUAUAGCUGGAAGAAGGAGUUUGCUACUCAACACAAUUCCUGUUCUUAUAGUAUCUCUCGUUAUCCUUGUCCUCGGAAGUGUUGUGAAUUUUGGCAAAUUUGUAAAUGCAUCAAUCUCAACUGUCUGUGUUGUGGUCUACUUUUGCUGCUUCGUUAUGGGUUUUGGGCCUAUCCCCAAUAUUCUCUGCGCUGAGAUAUUCCCCACAAGGGUCCGUGGCAUUUGUAUUGCCAUAUGCGCCCUUACAUUUUGGGUUGGCGACAUCAUAGUCACAUACACACUCCCUUUCUUGCUUAAAUCCAUUGGGCUUGCUGGUGUUUUUGGGAUGUAUGCGGUUGUGUGCGUCAUAUCGUGGAUCUUUGUCUUCCUAAAAGUCCCAGAAACGAAAGGCAUGCCCCUUGAAGUCAUCACUGAGUUCUUCUCCAUCGGAGCAAAGCAAGUUGACGUAAUAAACGAGUGAGUUUGAUCACCGACGAAUAGACAGUUUUGAUGACUCUUGAUACAUGUUGGUUUUGGUUGGCUUUUCUUUCUGUUCUGUAAAAGAAGAAAAGACGUAAUUUUUCAUCAGCUCUUGUGAAGGAAAUUAGACGGGUCUCAAGGUCCACAACGGUAUGUGACUUUCCUUCUGUGAAAUUUAUGGCAGCGAUUUUUGAUGAAAGAAA